AUGCUGGGAGAAGAAGGUGAAACAUGGGACAUGUUUAAGGUUGCCAAGGACGAAUUUCCGGAAGAUAACGAGAUCGGAGAGUACGAUGGAUUCGUGAUCACCGGUAGUUGCAAUGACGCCCAUGGAAACGAUUUAUGGAUCUGUAAACUCGUAGCUUUGCUGAAGAAACUGGAUGCAAUGAAAAAGAAGGUUCUGGGCGUUUGUUUUGGCCACCAGAUAAUGGGACGAGCUUUGGGUGGCAAGAUUGGCCGCGCCAGUUCAGGUUGGGACAUCGGAGUCACACAAGUCCAUUUACAACCAUCAAAGAUUUUCACCUCUCUGAAAAUGCCUGCUUUCUUAUCUGUAUUUGAAUGUCAUCAGGAUGAGGUUUGGGAACUUCCUCCAAAAGCUGAAAUCAUUGCACGGUCGAACAAGACUGGAAUUGAAAUGUUUACAUAUGGUGACCAUUUUAUGGGCAUCCAAGGUCACCCAGAGUACACUGAGGAUAUCCUGUUGAAUAUCAUUGACCGUCUUUUCAGUCGCAAUCUCAUUGAGGAGUCUCUUGCAGAAGAGGCCAAGUCCAAGUUGGAGACUAGUGAGCCGGAUAGGAAGGCAUGGAAGAAACUGUGUACCACCUUUCUCAAAGGGAAAUUGUGA